ACACACCCAUAUCGGGCGAAUCGAAUUACGUAACACGCGCUACGCGCUACAGCUGAUGGAUGAAAGUUAGGUUAGGUUAGGUUAGGUUAGGUUAGGUCAAGUCAGGUUACGGUUGGAUAUCUUUUCGGCAUAUUUCGUGGAUCGUAUAUACUCGUGUCUCGUUGUCCAUCGUCGUCUCUCCGCGAUUGUCAUCAAUUGUCAUAAGAAUGGUGCUCUCGUUCACAGGAUUGCCGUCCUUGAGACGUUUACUGUUGCUCCUUUUACAAUGUUCCUUAUUGUUCCACUCGAAUGCGGUUAAGCUGACGGUAACCGGAAACAGUCGCGUGUUCCGCACGUGGUCGUUCAUCUGAAAGGAAACGAAGCGAUGCACGAGCGACUUUUGACGUAGAAUUAAAUUAUCAAGGCAAAUCACUGGAUAACGUUCCGUUCCGCGUCGCCGCGCAAUGGUGAGCAAGUUUUGGUGCCACGAGAUCGGACGCAGGUGGCGUCAAGCAGGUAACCAGGAACUACCGCAAGCACGCGUGUUGACGGAACCAAAGUGUCAGUCAUACGUGGCCACCUGGUAUCUGUUCUACCGCUGGAUCAUCUUUCUCGUGUGGGCCGGCUUCGUAAUUUGUUCGGUGUUCGAAUUCGGCAGUUACAAACCGCUAUUCCAAUACGAGAAAUGGCCGAUUUAUCUGACCCACUGGGAUAUGGUAUUGGGCUUCACGCAGGCAUUGAUCGGCGGUAUCCUCGUAUCGAAGCGAUGGCGAUUGCAGAAAAUAUCCGGUUUCGAUCCUUGCGGCCUCAAGUUGGAGUUCACCGAGCGAUUGUACUGGUUCCUGUAUGUUGUCACGACUAACUUGGCAAUCGGUGUGACGAUCUGCUACUGGGUCACCGUAUACAAUCCGAAGAGCCAUAAUCUGGACCCGCUCAAUAUUAUGAUGCAUGUGUGCAAUAGCGUGCUGAUGCUAGUCGACUUUGUAGUUACCAGUAUACCAUUCCAUUUGCGGAAUUUCUGGUGGUGUCUGUCGAUCGUCGUAUUCUAUGUGAUCUUCUCGGCGAUCUACUAUAUCGCCGGUGGACUCGAUAAGCACGGCUAUCAUUACAUCUACAAAAUCGUCGAUUGGAAGCGACCAGCAUGGACGUUACUCGUUUGUGCCGGCGGUUUCACGUUCGUCACGGUGCUGCACUGCGUCACCUGUACGCUGGCGGAUGUCAGGGAUCGCGUCUACCGCAACAUUGCCGAGAAACUCGGCAAAUCCAAUGCACAGACUAAUGCGACGAACGAUAACCCGCUUCCGGAAAAACGGCCGGAAGUAGUUUAAUU